CAUGCAGGAGAACUAUGAGAAUGUGACCUCGCUGGGGUUUCCAGUUUCCCAGCCUGAUGUGAUCUCCCAUCUGGAACAAGGGGAAAAGUCAUGGGUCCUAGACCUCCAGGGUUCAGAGGAAAGAGAGAUCCUGAGAGUUUCCUGCACAGCAGGUGAUGCAAUAGUAUGUGAGAAAGAGGAGCAGAAUUCUCAGCAGGAAAAUGUUGAGCAAGUGGAUAAACACAGAGAAUUAUCGCAAAGAUCAAAAAGAAAUGUGUCGAAGAGUCAUGAGCAGGGAAAAUCAUGCGAGACUCAGCACACACCAGAAAGAGAGCAGGGAAACCAGCCAGGAGAGAAAAUGGGUAAAUUUAUUUCCUGUCGGGGAACUCAGAAGAGCAUCAAGGAAACCACAACACAGCAGGAAAUCCUCAUAGGAAAGACUGAAAAUACAUGCAGUGAGUGUGGGAAAAACUUCACUCGAAGAUCAACCCUCUCUGUUCAUCAGAGAAUCCACACAGGGGAGCGGCCCUAUAAAUGCCAUGAAUGUGGAAAAUGCUUCACUCGAAGAUCAGCCCUUUGUGAUCAUCAGAGAAUCCACACAGGGGAGAGGCCCUAUGAAUGCAGUGAGUGUGGGAAAACCUUCACUCGCAGCUCACACCUUAUUGCCCAUCAAAGAAUCCACACAGGGGAGCGGCCCUAUAAAUGCCGUGAGUGUGGGAAAACCUUCUAUUGCCACUCAAACCUUAUUGCCCAUCAAAAAAUCCACACAGGGGAGUGGCCCUGUAAAUGCAAUGAGUGUGGGAAAUACUUCACUGAGAGCUCAGCCCUUUCUGCACAUCAGAGAAUCCACAUGGGGAAGACGCCCUUUGAAUGCCUUGAGUGUGGGAAAACCUUCAGUCGCAGCUCGCACCUUAUUAGACAUCAGACAGUCCACACAGGGGAGAGGCCCUAUGAAUGCAGUGAGUGUGGGAAAACCUUCAGUCACAGCUCGCACCUUAUUAGACAUCAGACAGUCCACACAGGGGAGAGGCCCUAUGAAUGCAGUGAGUGUGGGAAAACCUUCAGUUUCAGCUCACAUCUUAUUAGGCAUCAGACAGUCCACACAUGGGAGAGCCCCUAUGAAUGCAGUGAGUGUGGGAAAACCUUCAGUCGCAGCUCGCACCUUAUUAGGCAUCAGAGAUUCCACACUGGGGAGAGCCCCUUUGAAUGCAUUGAGUGUGGGAAAACCUUCAGUUGCAGCUGGAACCUUAUUAGGCAUCAGAAAAUCCACACAAGUGAGAGAACCUAUGAAAGCAGUGAGUGUGGGAAAACCUUAGGGUCCAAAGAAAUUUUGUCCAACUCCACUUCCUAGUUCAGUGUGUCUCAUUACCGUUCCAAAGGAUACCAGGGUUAGAUUGAGAACAAUCAUCCUUCACCAUUUGGAUCCAAAGAGAGAGUGCUUUAUAGGACAGUCCUUCCCCGUAGAUCCCAAGCUGGCUGCCUGAGUGGGUAACAAGGACUUUCAGGCUGUAGAAGUGAUGGUAACCAAUGAGGCAACAAAUGUGUCGAGCUCCAAUUUCAAACUUCUGGAUACUCACAUGUUGAGUCCUGAUUCUAAGGUUUUGUGUCUGACUCUCUGGCUACACAAUAAAGCUGAUGUUGGUGCUACUGUAGCAUUGCUAUUACAGAUGCUCUCCACCAAUGGGAGAAAUCUCUUCCCUAGGACUUUAUUAGUCCAGCCUCCACAAGCGGCGGUGGCUAUGUCGGCAGGCAAAGCUCUCCUGCUGAUGUAGUGUUAUUUCACAGGGGAGGAGGGUUGUGUAACUACAUUUCUCACUAGUGUGUAUUUUUCACACCCCUGAGCAAUAUAGUUACACCAAUAAAUGUCUUUAGUGUAGAU